AUUUUACCAUGGAUACUGAUGAACAACAACGUGUCAAAGAGUGUUUAGCAAGUUCUGAAAAUCAGUUUUCAGCUCCAGCAACUAGUUCUCAACAAUGCACUGAAGAAACAGUCAAGCCAGCACCACAGAAACACCUGAUCACAAGUGAAAUUCAAGUACAUACUAUAAAUCAAAAGGUAAAAGUACCAGCAAGACAACCCAUAAAAUUGACUAUUCAACAAGAUGAUUGGGACAAAAUUGAAGAAAUGCCAGAAAUAGAAACAAAUAAAAGUCUUGAAAAUGCUGUAGGCCCUAUGGAUAUAGAAACAUUUAAUUUUUUAAUUGAUGAUGAAGACUAUAGUGCAAAUAACCCUCGUAGGAGUUCGAGAAUUAAAGAGUUGCAAAGUAGCAAACCACCUAUAACAAAUGAUGUUUCCUCAGAUAAAGAAAAUGGGAAAAAUUUCAAUAUUAAUUCAGAUAGCAAAAUCGGUCAAAGUUGGAAAAAUGUUAAAAGAAUGAGAAAAGAGUUCAGCAAAUUGAACAAGAAGAACAAAAACAAAUUAAACAUAUCUAUUGAAAUGUGUAAGAAAGCAAAACUUGCUGUAAAUAAAGGAGCUUUAUCUAACUCACAGCAAGUGUCUUAUACUAUUGAUGAAAACACACCUGAUAUUGCUGCUAUUGGUGAGGUCGUAACUAAAAAUACAGAUUUGAAGAAUCUUACAGCUUCUAAAGUAAGUUUUUUUAGGAAGGGGCCUCUUUUAAACCAGACCUCUUUGCAAACCACAUACAUAGAUACAAACAAAACACACGUUAUUAAUGUAGAUAAUCCCAAUGUUAAAAAUAAAAACACUGAUAGAGUUGGUACAGGUGACAUUGAAAUUAUUAUUAAAAUAGGUAACACUUUGACGAAUAUUUGUAUACAGAAAAAAGAAAACGAAGUGCAGUAUAAAACUAAAACAGAUCGUGAAGUUCAGACUUCCUUGGGCAAUUCUGUAGUACAGAAUGAAGACAAUGUGCAAAGUUUAGUAAAUCAUAAAAAACAACAUAAUAUUGAAACAGAUAACACUAAUAAUGUUGUAAAGGUGCCUAAAGGUGUUCCUGUAUCUACUCAACAUCAUACAUCAAAAGCGCAAAUUGACAAAUCAAUGUCUCCAAAGAAAAAUACUACAUCUGCAGAUACAUCUACAGCCUGCUUUGAAAUUACUGCCAGUGAAGAAAAAGAAUUUGCAGAUCAUAUGACAAAUGCCCCAUUUGUAAACAAACAGUGGAAAAGUGAAUUUCAAAAAUCAUUGUCGAAACCAGAUUGCACCAUUACUACUACUAUCACUACCACCACUACUACUAGUACUACUACUAAUACGACUACAACUUCAAAAAGUAAAAAUGAUCAGCUCUUAUUUAAAAAUAUGGAAAUAGUUUCUGAAGUUUCAGAAUUUUUAAAUGACUUAGAUAUCUUUUAUGCUGAAUCUGUAAAAGAAGCCAAUAUUCAGUCACUAAAAUCUACUAAAAGCAUGUCUUCUGCUAUAAUAAUGCCUACAAUCAAAAGUAAGGCAACAUCACAAAAGAAAACUAAUAAAAGGGACCGAGACAUGUGUGAUACAGAAGAGCUCUCAAAUAAUAAAAAAAGUAAAAUUUCACAAGGAAGUUUUGCAGAUAAAAAAACACAACAGAACGUUUUAGAAGAAAAUAAUGUUAAAAAUGCAGAGAAUGAAAAUAUUAAUUAUGAUGCAAUCAUGAGUAAGGUGUUUGCCAACAUAAACGCUGAUAUGGAAAACUUGCCAAAAACUGGUACCAGUAGCCGAAUGUGCACUCAAAUAAGCAACACUCAAAAAAGUAAUAUUAACAAUUUUGCACAACCAAUACAACCAAACCAAGAUAAUAAAAAUAAAACAUGCAAUCAAACAUCUUGCAAAGAAGCAAACCAAAAGUGUAGUGAAAAUGUGUUUACUUUGCUAGACAAAGAAGAGGGUAAUUUUGAAAUAUUUGAAACAACUUUUCAUAAGUCACUUAGUCAAACUCAGCACCGCAAAGAUAAUGUAGCAACAGAAAGAGAGCCCAUAGUUCACAUGGCGAUUGAAAAUAAAGUGGCAUCACCUAAUAACAUGGACAUUGACGAAUAUGGCACACCAAUGCAGGAUGAUGACGAUAAAAGCGUCGUUGAGGAAACUCCCCAGAAGAAUACCUCUUUUGUAAAAACUAAAAGUAAGAAUGAAGCACCAACUUCAACUGACAAUGCAAGUGCUGAAUGCCACUCACUGAAAAAGGACAAACUAUUAAAUGAGACCAGCAAACAGCAAAAAGACGAAGACGAUUCAGUGAUCGUCAUUAGUGUAUCAGAUUCCGCGGGUGAUGUAACUGAAGGACGGAAAACAACCUUGGAGACCCCUUUAACAAUAAACAAGUUCGUCAACAAAAUUACAUGCAACUCAACAACUUUGGCAAAGAAAUCACUGGACUUUAGCAGUCAAAACGCUGACAAUGAUCCUGAAGAAACCAUCUGCCCAAGCGCAGUGGUGGUUGCCAAAACUACGCAGGAAAGGGAGUUUAUUUCACAAUGUGCGGGAAUGCAACGUCGGAGAGCGAAGUUCUGUGUGGCUGGCUCGUGCCUCAUGGCCAGCCAGCAGGCAAUGUUGAAACAGCUCUGCUUUCAGAUGAACUGGACGUACGUCGACAAGUAUACUAAGGACUUGACUCAUCUGGUAGUUGGGGUGGAUAAAGAGAAUAGAUCGCAGAGAUCUGUAAAAUACAUGUGCGCCUUGGCAAGCUCAAAGUGGAUCGUUACAUUUGUGUGGGUGGAAAAGUGCCUUUCGGACAAUGGGUUCGUAGACGAAGAACCCUUCGAGGCGCUGGACGCGAUGGGCGAGCCGGCCCCGCGCCGCUCGCGCCUCGCCAAGACCAAACUGCUGCAAGGCAUCACGUUCUACUGCAUGGGACCAUUCUCUAUCAUCGGUAUCGACACCCUGAAGGAUGUCCUGGAGGCGGCGGGCGGGCGCGUGGUGGACGACCCGCGCGACCUGCAGGCUUGCAGAGCGCCCGCCAUGCUGCUGGCCGAGCCCGGGAACACCCAGGAGAGCCGAUUCACAUAUCUAGCUAUGGAAUUAAAAAUCGUGCCGAUGAACUACGAAUGGGUACUCAUCUGCUUGGGCACGUACACUCUGAAGCCUAUAUUUGAUCUUUUGCUGUGUCCGGCCACGCUGCUACCAUCAGCCAUUUCUAGCUGGCCGUCUGAAUUAAUAUCGUCUUGUGAUGACGAAGAAUAA